AUGCAACAUGAGCAUCACCGCGUCCCGGUGACAGCGCUCGGAUUCUGGCAUCAAUAUGUGCUUCUCGCCGGAGAAGGAACCUUCAUCAAGGCUUACGAUGUCAAGAAGAAGAUUCUGCUAGCGAAGGUUGAGGUCUUCGAUGGCCAGGCUGUCCAUGGAAUUGUUGUUAGCAACGAAAGAGGAGAGGAUUCUCAAGUUAUAGUCUGGGGCGGUCGUCUUCUUCGCCAGCUCAGGGCCCGAUUAUCAGGGACCACUCUUGAACUGGACUUGGGUCCGCUGAAGGAAGACGACGACUGGAUCUUGGACGCAGCCUUUGCUCCUGUCCAAGCAGAGAAGGCACCGAAGAUUGCCAUCGUGACGGCCCACAAUUCGCUGAGCAUCGGGACACUGGAUGACGCUCUCGACAUUAAGCUCGAUCUCCUUGUGCCUGGCUCCAAUUGCAUUCUCUACGCUGCAGAUGUUACAUGGCUAAGUGCAGACGAGUGUCUCAUUGCGUCUGGGACCGCUUUCGGAGAUGUCAUAGUGUGGUCGUGUAAUCUGACAGAGGACGGUGGAAUAUUGUCCGUCAAGCAUGAAACACAUUACACCUUCUCAGCACACGAUGGUUCUGUGUUCGGAGUCCAGAUCUCGUCGAAAGCUGUUGCUUCCACCUUUGAGGGAAGAAUGCAUGUGCUUGCUAGCUGUAGCGACGAUCGCACAAUCCGGCUGUGGGACAUAUCCGAUCUUUCUCCGAACAGCUCGACGCUGGCUGAAGGGCAACGUGAGACCGGCUUCGGUUCGCAUCGAGAUGGAGAUGAGCAUGCUCCGCAGUGCCUCGCCAAGGCCAUGGGUCAUGGUUCCAGGAUCUGGACUGCUCGUUUCUUACUUGACGAGACGAAUAAGAGGUCCGCGCCUGCUGGCAUUGACGAAUUAUCCAUUGUUUCAUUCGGCGAGGACGCAAGCUGUAUUUUCUGGACGCCAGAGCCGACCAGACCCUCUAUUGAACAGUACCCUUACGUCUUGAGGCAGACUCACAUGCAAAAGUCCCACACCGGGAAGAACAUCUGGUCAGUGACCAUCGAUCCCUCACUCCGUAUCGCCACAGGAGGAGCGGACGGCUCGAUCGCGAUCCGGUCAUGGCCAAAACUUCGACGAGCAGAUCGUCCUUCUGAAGUCGAUCGCAAGCUUUUGCUAUGCGGCCAAGAGUCUGACAGCUUCAGGACCUUUGCCUUCCUCUCACACAAUAGUAUUCUAGCAACAACUGACAGCGGCAGGCUCGUCACGCUACAGUCUCAUGGUGGUGUUCAGCUUGACUCCAAGGAAGUGUCCUCGACCAUUGACGGCCUUCGAGGAUAUUCAACCAUGGCCAGCGUGCCAGGCUAUGGUUUUGCAGCUGGAAACCAAGGUGACGUGUAUUCAUAUGUUCACAGAACUGGCCGGAUCACCAAGAUUCUCUCGACGGGGCGCAAAAUUGCUUCCUUGUUUGCCGAUUCUGAGCACGCGGAGCAUCUUGAUCAGUCUCCCGAGUGGAUCGGUCUUCUGGUCACACAAGUCAACUCCGACUCGGCACUGCUCUGUACACUACUGUCUAAUUCAGUCGCAGUCGUGACUGAUGAUCAGAGCGACACCGUCACCCGGCAAAUUGAGCUGGCGUUGCCGGAGAAUUUUGUUGUGACAAGUUACGCGCGGACUACACUAGGCCUUGCAAGUGUCGUGGUCUUAGGCUCAAGAAACGGCUCUAUUGCGAUGUUUGAUGUUAGCUCGACGACUGGUGCUGUCCCGAUCACACACACCUCGCUUCUCACCUCAGUCCACGGCAAAGAAGCUGUCACAAGCCUCAAAUUCGCAGGCAGCUCGGUCAAUUCUCGACACGUCCUCUUCUCCACAGGCCGCGACGGCACGUACGCUGCACACGCUUUCCAGUCACCAGUCGAGAAGCUACAAACACAACUCGUCCACCAGCUAUCUCUACCCUUUGGACCCAACAUCGAAGGCAUCGGUCACUCUCCCGCUGGCCACAUCUGGCUCUGGGGCUUCCGCAGCAAACAAUUCGUCGUCUUCGACAUCACUUCCCAACAAGAAGUCAUGACCGUUGAGUGCGGCGGCGCGCAUCGCACAUGGGCCUUUCAGCCCCUCGAAAAUGGCGGGACAUUCUUCUGGAUCAAAGCUAGCAAGCUUUACUGGAAAUCACAAAUCGAGUUGCCCUUCCAGACACUCAAUGCUGGUGGUCAUGGAAGAGAGAUCAAGGCGGUGGCAGUAUCGCGGGCUAGCCAACAGCUUAUUGCUACUGGAGCGGAGGAUACCAACAUCAAGCUCAGUACGUAUAACAAGCGGCAAGGCUUUCAGACCUUACACACCUUGCAGAAGCAUAAUACCGGAAUCCAGCAUCUGCAAUGGUCACCAGACGGGCUCCACCUCUUCUCCAGCGGCGGAUUCGAAGAGUUCUACGUUUGGAAGAUCGCUCUUGGUGUCCCUGAGCUCGGGAUAGGAGUGGUCUGCCAGUCUGCACACCCCAACAGCGGCCGCUCUGACCUUCGCAUCACGCACUUUUCGGCUCAUCCUACUACUGAUACACCAGUCGAGUCGCCGACCUUCCACAUCACGAUGACGUAUUCCGACUCGAUGCUUCGCACCUGGUCUUACCACGACCGAAACUGGGCACUCCUAUCGCAAGGCUCUUACCUGACAUCCUGUCUGACGCAAGUUCUAUCACCACCCCCAGCUUCCGGCGCUGUUCCUUCGAACGGAGACCACAAUCCAGCACCACUCAUAACAGCCAGUACAGACGGCUACCUCGCAAUCUGGUCUGCGCCUGCCUCCACCGACGCUCUUCUGUCCACCCCAGCAGAGUCAGAAUUCAAGUGGCAUCAACGCCACAAAGCGCACCAGAACUCCAUCCUCUCCCUGACCGCCCUCCCUCUACCCGACGGCACAACACUCCUCCUCUCCACCGGCGACGACAACGCUCUCGGCAUCACCCGCCUUCAAAUCUCCGACACGGGCUCUCGAUCAGAAGCGGGAUUGCGCACGCUGCUCGUACCGAAUGCGCACGCCGCGGCGAUAACGGGACUAGUUGUGCUAUCACACAAGAGUGUUCUCAGCGAAUCGACUUCAAUGCAUAGUCCCGCUAAGGAGGAAUUGGUGAUCUGCACGACGAGUCUCGACCAACGUCUCAAACUCUGGCGCGUGAAAGUGGACAUCUCGAAAGAAGGCGUCGAUGGCGUGGAUGUGCGGUUUGUAGGAAGUCGCUUCUCGGCCGUAGCAGACUGUGCGGGCGUGGAGGGAUUGAGAGCUGGGAGCAAGAAGGAUGGAGAUGUGGAUGGAGUCCUUGUGUUUGGCGUGGGAAUGGAAAUUUGGCGGGUUUGA